AUGGAACCGGUGCUAAAACAUAUGGAUCUACAUGCACACUGGAAACCACCACCUCUCUUCGCCAUACAUGUGUUUAGAGCGAUAAUCUACAGUAUCCAGAGUCAGAACAGUUACUUUGUUAUCCAAGAGCUGAUCAAUCAUCUGGAUUCGAUGAGCAGCGCUGAUGCUGUGAUUAGGAUAGGAAUAGCAACAGUAUUGUCAAAUAUCGUAUCGAUCGCUGGAACAAGUAUAGGCCCAUUGCUUUUAUCCAUAUUUAAUUCGCUACUGAAACACUUGAGAACCUCUGUGGACUUUGAGCGAUCUGAUAAAUGCAAAGAUUCGGAAGCCGAAAAAAUGUAUCAGGAAGCACUGAUAAAUGCGAUGGGUGAUUUCGCGAAUGCUUUGCCGGAUUAUCAAAAAGUUGAAAUGAUGAUGUUCACCGUUGGCAACAUUCCCAACUUGGACGAAAAGCGAGUGAAACAAGGAGAUGAAUUCUUGCAGCAUGUGUUGGUUAAAACGCUCCUGAAGGUGGCUACAAAAUAUCGCACGGCUUAUUUGGCUACCGUAUUCACCGACUCAUUCUUACAUACUCUCAUUCAACUUGCCCUCGUCAAGGAUCCUCAAGUACGCUUAGGGACCCAACAAAUAUUCCACACGCUACUCGACAGGUUUGUUCAU